AUGAAAGCAGCAAUAAAUGUAUCCAACCUAGUCGAGUAUGAAGUUAGUCGAAUUGAGCAAUCGCAAGUAAAUUUGGAUGAAACCAAUGCCAUAGUGGCCCAUUCACUACGAGUGAUUAUUUUGGAGUUUUUCAUGAGCUUUUCAUCGUCAUUCAUGAUUGUGGUUUCCUGCCGCAGAAGUCAGCAAUUCAAUUUCUUUUUAAAUAUUCUGCAACACUUAUUCGAGAUGAUCGGUGAUAUGAAUGUGCAAAUAGUGUUUGUGGAUUAUCUAAAACCGGAACGCAUAGAAGGCAAUCGAUUUCAGAAUCUUUUACUUGUGGAUUCUUUUGAGGCAUUUUUAGAUAUUGAUGUCAUUUCCUAUACCAAAGACUAUGACAUCAAUGAAUACUAUCAUAUAUUCCUGAUGCAAGAAGAUUCUUUGAUACCGGGAGAUAUGCAGAAUAUUUUUACCUAUUGCUGGAACAAUCAGAUAGUCAAUUGUAAUGUCCAAUACCAAAAUGAGCAGGAUCAAUUGUUCAUUUACACCUAUUUGCCAUUUGGCGCAAUGAGGAAAUGUGGCAAUACCUCCCCUGAACUCGUCAAUGAAUUUAUUGACAAUGAUUGGCAGCAGCGUCCUUUCUUCUUGCCCAAGACCACUAAUUUCCAUAGAUGCCCUUUGGUGGGUAUUAUACGCACUAGUCCGCCAUAUGCAUUUGCUUUACCGGGAAGACGUCAACGUUACUCUGGAUUUGAAGCAGUGAUGGUGAGAGAGUUAUCACUCAUAUUAAAUUUUACUUUGGUGCUGAGGAAUGCUGAUGAUCGAUAUUAUCCAGAACCAGAUGGAGUUUUGACUAUGCUAUCAAAUCGCACUGCUAAUUUUGCUUUCGGCUAUUAUCGCAGGCGACCUUUUGGAUUGCAUCUCUAUACGAAUACCGCCACACACUACCAAAGCUCUGUUUUGGGUGCAAUCUGUGUAAGGGGUCAUUUGCUGAAUCCCUUUCAAGUUCUCGCAUAUCCAUUUCGUCUUAGCACUUGGGCUGCUCUAAUUGCCUGCUUCAUUUUGGUGCUGACCGUAACACGAGUGGUGCAUGGGCGGCGUCCCAAAGCGAUGGCCACCUUUUCAAUGGUGACAAGUACCUUUGGUUUGCCCAUUAAAAAGAAACCGCGAAUGUUAUCUUCCUAUCUGCUGUUUACACCAUGGUUGUGGGGUACUUUCUUACUGCGCUGCAUCUAUUCCGGCCUGCUGUUCCAUUUCUUUAGCAAUAACGUUUACCAGCCCUUGCCCCAGAGUCUUGAGGCGGCUCGCAAUCAAAGCUACACUUCGGUAAUGAAUUCUUUUACUUUUUUCUACAUUACCGAUAUACCCUACUAUGGGCGUAUAAAUCACUGGAAUCAUGCCAAUAUUGUGCUCAACUCUACCAGUGAAUUUGUGCCCUUGGAAUAUUUGGAAAAGCAUACGGAUGAAAAUAUCUUUGCCGUUAUUGCGCAGGAAUUUCUCACCCACUACACGGUAACCCAUGGAAAAGUUGGUCUCUUCUAUGUAAUGCCUGAGGCAGUUAUGCAGCAACACCUGUGUAUCUAUUUUACCAAGCACACCAUUCUGGCUGAACAGUUCGACUUGACCCUUUCGUUGUUGAAAUCAAUGGGCUUGAUGCGGCUUUGGAUAAAGCGAUUCUUCGAUUUAAAGGUAUUAUCACAAGUCAGCACAGAUGAUAAUAAGAUGAUAAAGCAGCGAGAUCUUUAUGGCGUCUAUGCAAUAUGUGGUGGCUUCUAUUUAUUGGGCAUGUUUGCUAUUGUUAUAUUAUUCGUUGGUCACUGCCAAGUGGUUGCCUCGCCAAUUCUGGAGUGUCGUGUUCGAAGGUCCGCAGCCAUAAGCUUUUUGUGA